UGGAAUUGAUUAGAGAAAAGUGGAAAAUUACAAAAGAAGUGCACUGCCCCUCCCUCUGUUUCCAUUUCUCACCUGUUUUCUUCUCUCUCUAAAAAUACUCUUCAUUCAUUCUGCAAAUCCUCCUUUAUGGGCUCCGUUUUCUGUCUGUAGAAAGCGAUACGCCCAUAUAUGUAUAUCUAUAUCAUCGAGAGAGAGAGAGAGAGAGAGAGAUAUAGAGAGAGAGAGGCAUGGGGUGUUUCUUCUGCUCCGGUGAAUCGUCAAGCUCUAAGAAACAAAACAGGAAAUUGAAGAAUGACAAGAGCGAUAAUCGUUGUACGAGAGACAAUCGUCCACAAACCCUACCAGACACUCUGAAGAGCGAUGAUCACAUAAUUGCUAAUCAAGCUUCUGUUGAAGUCUCCACAAGAGAAUCAAAUGCUGGUAACAACAGUCCAGAUCAUGAAGGGGCCGAUGCCCCCAAAGCAAGGACCUUUAAAUUUGCCGAUUUAGUCGCCGCUACCCAUAAUUUUAAGUCGGAAAAUUUUCUCGGCGAGGGUGGCUUCGGUAAAGUUUAUAAGGGUCAUUUGCCUGAAACUGGUGAGGUUGUUGCUGUGAAGCAGCUCGAUCAAAAUGGAGGCCAAGGGAUUAGGGAGUUCUUGGUCGAAGUUAUAACACUAAGUAUGGUUAAUCACCCUAAUCUCGUUAAACUAAUCGGCUAUUGUGCCGAAGGAAAUCAAAGGCUCUUAGUCUACGAGUUCUUGGCUCUAGGUUCUUUAGAGGGCCAUUUACAUGAUAUUCGGCCAAAUAGAAAGAGGCUGGAUUGGAACACGAGAAUGCAAAUAGCAGCUGGUGCAGCACAAGGGCUAGAGUAUUUGCACGACAAGAUGAAAACGCCAGUUAUAUACCGUGAUUUGAAGUGUUCGAAUAUUUUGCUGGGUGAAGGGUACCACCCUAAAUUAUCGGAUUUCGGUUUGGCUAAAGUGGGCCCGUCUGGAGACCAGACACAUGUCUCCACGAGAGUGAUGGGUACUUAUGGAUAUUGUGCGCCAGAUUAUGCGAUGACUGGUCAACUCACGUUUAAAUCGGAUAUAUAUAGCUUUGGCGUUGUUCUUCUCGAGCUUAUUACGGGGAGGAAAGCUAUUGAUAAUAGGAGAACUGGUUCCCAGUCGAAUCUUGUUGCAUGGGCAAGACCGUUAUUUAAGGACCGGAAAAGAUUCCAUGAAAUGGCCGAUCCAGCGCUCGAAGGCGAAUAUCCAGCAAGAGGAUUACACCAAGCUAUAGCAAUUGCUGCAAUGUGCGUACAAGAGCAGCCAAACAUGCGUCCACUCGUCGCUGAUUUAGUUACAGCUUUGAAAUAUCUUGCUUCGCAGAUAUACGAUCCGAAUAUCCAUCCCAUUCAAAAGAGACACUGAAUUAAACAGGAAAAUACACUUUUCUCUACUUUUUUAAUUUAUUUUUUUAAUUUUUAUUUAUUUAUUUACGGGGUACUAAUAGAGGCUAGAGUUGCAUCCUUAACUUGAACCAUUGUAUGUUAGCUACUCUGGUUCUGUUUUAUGGGAUGUUAGUUCUUUCUGCAAGAGCUGACUCUGUAUUUAUCAGAUUUUGACUUUUGGCUUUUUUUAUGAGCAAAAUUCAUUUUUUAUUUUA